AAAAUAAGCCCUUGAUUCUAUUCAUACAGAUAGCACAAUGGUAAAGAAAGUUGCAGUAAUUGGAGCAGGAGUUAGUGGCUUGACCGCUAUCAAAGCAUGCAUUGAAGAAGGAUUAGAACCAACAUGUUUUGAAAAAAGUCAGGAUAUUGGAGGUCUUUGGAGGUUUACAGAUGAAGUGGAGGAUAAUCGGGCCAGCAUCUACAGUUCUUUAGUUACCAAUGUUUCCAAAGAAACCAUGUGUUUCAGUGACUUUCCAAUGCCUGAAGACUUUCCCAACUUCCUACCUAAUCGGAAAUACUUUGAAUACAUUAAGUUAUAUGCAGAAAAUUUUAAUUUGACAAAAUACAUUCAACUUAAGACAACUGUGUGCCGAGUUGAGAAACAGCCUGACUUUCCUGUAACUGGUCAGUGGAAUGUUACUACAGAAAGUGAUGGUGAAAAAAAGACUGCUAUCUUUGACGCAGUUUUCAUCUGUGUGGGUCAACAUGUGGAUGCUGAGAUACCAGUAGACAGUCUUCCAGGUAUUAAACAUUUCAAGAGAAAGGUUUUACAUUCCCGAGAUUACAAAAGACCAGUUGGUUAUGAUGGUAAAAGAGUGUUAAUUGUUGGAAUGGGUAACACUGGAGUUGACAUCUCAACAGAACUCAGUACAAUUGCCUCACAGGUAUACCUCACAACUAGAGAUGGAGUAUGGGUAUUACCUCGUCUUGGGAAAGAUGGCUAUCCUUAUGAUUUGUUUUUUCUACGCCGUAUAAACAAUUGGAUAGAAAACAUAGUACCACCAUCAGUGUCCAGAUGGAUGUUGAAACGUAGCUUGAACAAUCGAUUCAACCAUGAACUGUACAAUAUACAACCUGAGGGAACUAAAUGGAAGGAGCCCUUGGUAAAUGAUGAAAUUGCAAGUCGUGUUCUGUCAGGCUCAAUUGUCAUCAAGCCAGGAGUGAUAAAAUUUACUGAAACAGAUGCCCAUUUUUCAGAUGGUACUAUAGUGCGUGAUCUUGAUGUUGUUAUCCUGUGCACUGGAUUUGGCUACAGUUUCCCUUUUUUGGAUGAAACAUUAUUUAAGAGAGAUGAGAAUGCAGGAAAUUUAUAUAAAAAGAUAAUUCCUGUAAAUGUCGAAAAGCCCACAAUUGCAUUCAUUGCAUUUCUCCUUCCGGUUGGACCAACCAUGGUAGUUGCGGAGCUUCAGUGCAGAUGGGCCACCAGAGUAUUUAAAGGCUUGCAUAAACUUCCAAAUGUAAUGGGGAUGAAGGAAGAAAUGCUGAAGGAUGAAAAACUACGAAAGAAAUGGUUUGCAACAUCUGAAAAUAAUUUUCGAAGAAUAAAUUAUAUAACGUACUUGGAAGAUAUUGCUUCAGAGAUCGGCGUAUUGCCAAAUCUAUUGAAGCUAUUCCUAACCGAUCCAGUUUUGGCCAUUAAACUUGUAUUUGGAAUCUUCAAUUCUUACCAUUUCCGUCUAAUUGGUCCAGCAAAGUGGGAUGGCGCUCGAGAAGCCAUUCUUACCCAGUGGGACCGCAUUGAAAAGCCACUAAGAACACGAGUGCCAAAGAGGAAUUCUAAAUCUUCCCCGAUUUCAUUUAUGCUAUUGUUUUUCUGUUUUGUGAUCUUGGUUGCAGCUGUUUGGCUGAAAGACUAAAAUGCAUUACCACUGUUGUACUCAGAAU